CGGAGCCGGGAGGAGCCGCGAGCGCAGCGGAGGAAGAGGACGGGGAGGAGGAGGAGAAGGUGGUGGCUGCGUCCCUAAGGGGCCGAGCUGAUCUCGAGGCAAGGGAGCGGAGGCCGUUUGGAGGUGCCCCGGAUCGGGACCCGCCACGGGGCGCAGGGCGCACGGGCCGAGAGCUGCGGGGCCGAGGUCUGCGGCUUGGUGCAUGAGGGGCCCGCAGCGGCGCGGCGGCGGUGGGGAUGGUUCGGGCCGCGGAGCCGGAGUGGCCUGGGUUCUGGUGAGGCGAGACAGUCUAUCAUGACUGUGUUCAGGCAGGAAAACGUGGACGACUACUACGACACCGGCGAGGAACUGGGCAGCGGACAGUUCGCGGUGGUGAAGAAAUGCCGUGAGAAAAGCACUGGUCUUCAGUAUGCGGCCAAGUUCAUCAAGAAAAGGAGGACCAAGUCCAGCCGACGGGGUGUGAGUCGUGAGGACAUCGAACGGGAAGUCAGCAUCCUGAAGGAGAUCCGCCACCCGAACGUCAUCACCCUGCAUGAGGUCUAUGAGAACAAGACCGAUGUCAUUCUGAUCCUGGAGCUUGUUGCAGGGGGUGAACUGUUUGACUUCUUGGCUGAGAAAGAAUCCCUGACUGAAGAGGAAGCAACGGAAUUUCUCAAGCAGAUUCUCAGUGGUGUUUACUACCUACACUCGCUUCAGAUCGCCCACUUUGACCUGAAGCCGGAAAACAUAAUGCUUCUGGAUAGAAACGUGUCCAAGCCUCGGAUCAAGAUCAUCGACUUCGGCCUGGCCCAUAAAAUCGACUUUGGAAAUGAAUUCAAAAAUAUAUUUGGGACACCAGAGUUCGUGGCUCCAGAGAUUGUCAACUAUGAGCCCCUUGGUCUCGAGGCAGACAUGUGGAGCAUCGGGGUAAUAACCUACAUUCUCCUAAGUGGGGCCUCCCCAUUUCUUGGAGACACCAAGCAAGAAACAUUAGCGAAUGUAUCUGCUGUCAACUAUGAAUUUGAAGAGGAAUUCUUCCGUAAUACCAGUGCCCUUGCCAAAGAUUUCAUCAGGAGACUGCUGGUCAAGGAUCCAAAGAAAAGGAUGACAAUCCAGGACAGUUUGCAGCACCCCUGGAUUAAGCCUAAAGAUACACAACAAGCUCUUAGUCGAAAAGCCUCAGCAGUAAACAUGGAGAAAUUCAAGAAGUUUGCAGCUCGGAAGAAAUGGAAACAAUCUGUUCGCUUGAUAUCACUGUGCCAAAGAUUAUCCCGGUCGUUUUUGUCCAGAAGUAACAUGAGCGUGGCCAGAAGCGAUGAUACUCUGGACGAGGAAGACUCCUUUGUGAUGAAAGCCAUCAUCCAUGCCAUCAAUGAUGACAACGUCCCAGGCCUGCAGCACCUUCUGGGCUCGCUGUCCAGCUAUGACGUUAACCAGCCCAACAAGCAUGGGACACCUCCGUUACUGAUUGCUGCCGGCUGUGGGAAUAUCCAGAUGCUUCAGUUACUCAUCAAACGAGGCUCAAGGAUCGAUGUCCAGGAUAAGGGAGGAUCCAAUGCCAUCUACUGGGCCUCUCGGCAUGGUCACGUGGAUACUCUGAAAUUUCUCAAUGAGAACAAAUGCCCUUUGGAUGUUAAAGACAAGUCUGGAGAGACAGCCCUUCAUGUGGCAGCCCGAUACGGACACGCGGAUGUGGUGCAGCUUCUCUGCAGCUUCGGUUCUAACCCUGAUUUCCAGGACAAGGAAGAAGAAACCCCCCUACACUGCGCUGCCUGGCAUGGCUAUUACUCCGUGGCCAAAGCCCUCUGUGAAGUUGGCUGCAAUGUGAAUAUCAAGAACCGGGAGGGAGAGACCCCGCUGCUGACAGCUUCUGCCAGGGGCUAUCAUGAUAUCGUGGAGUGUCUGGUUGGACAUGGAGCUGACCUGAAUGCCUCUGACAAGGAUGGACACAUUGCCCUUCAUCUCGCGGUGAGGCGCUGUCAGAUGGAGGUCAUCAAGACCCUCCUCGGCCAUGGGUGCUUCGUGGAUUUCCAAGACAGGCACGGCAACACACCCCUGCACGUGGCCUGCAAAGACGGCAGCGCACCUAUCGUGAUGGCCCUCUGCGAAGCCAGCUGCAAUCUGGACAUCUCAAACAAGUUUUCUUCCAUCCCUGACCCUCUCCCGUAUCUUUCUGCCUUUCCUCUGGUGAAGAAGCAGAUAUUUAAAGUCGUGUGCAGGGGAAA